UUGCUAAAGGAGGAAUUGUUUGAUUCAAUCCUGUGGAAUGAAGUUAAGUCUCUUUGGGAUGCACCUAUACAGCCAACAUUGGGUUCUGAGUGGAAAACCUGGAAGCAUGAAGUUAUGAAAUGGUUCUCAACAUCUCAUCCUCCAUCUAGCGGAGACAUGGAACCACAAAACAGUGAUAGUUUCUCAAACCCAGGUCUGCAAGUUAAUACAAAGAGGCCCAAGCUUGAAGUUCGUCGUGCAGAAGCACAUGGAACUCAUUUGGAAAGUGAUGGUUCACGUCAAGCUAUAACCGUUGAGAUUGAUUCAGAUUUUUUUCGUUUUCGAGAAACUACGAAUAUUGUUCAGUUAGUGCAAGAGAUUCAUAAGGAAGCAGAUUUAAUGGAGGCAAAUGUGAAAACAGGUGCGCCAAAUGGUGGGACAAACAGCUGGGAUGAUAUUGUUGUUGAAACCGGAAUAUCUGGGAUCAAAGAUGUGGAAUUUAUCCCAGUAAAUGAAGAGUCUAGUAAAUCUUCUGAUCCCCUUACCCAGAAUAAAGGUGUUAAAUUGACGGCUGUUAAUGAAGCAUUUAUUAAGAAAUCAUGUGAUUCUGGGAAUAGAAAUCGUCAGUGCAUAGCUUUCAUUGAAUCUAAGGGAAGACAGUGUGUAAGGUGCGCGAAUGAUGGAGAUGUUUACUGUUGUGUCCAUUUGGCCUCUCGUUUUAUUGGCAAUUCUACAAAAACAGAAGAGACUCCCCUUAUUGACACACCAAUGUGCGGAGGUACUACUGUUCUUGGUACAAAGUGUAAGCAUCGGUCUCUCCCUGGUUCCUCAUUUUGCAAGAAACACCGACCCCGGAAUGAUACAGAACUGUCCGCAAAUUCUCUGGAGAAUACAGCUAAAAGAAAGUACGAGGAGAUUAUUCCAAGUUUGGAAACCACUUAUUGUAAAGAGAUAUUAGUGGGAGAUAGUGAAAGUCCCCUGAAAGUAGAUCAAUUCUCGGUUAUGGAGGGUGGUGCAUCCAAUACUUUCUUGAUUGAGAAGCUGGAAAACUCUGGUGACUAUGAUGGCACAGAAAUAGUUCACUGCAUUGGUUCAUACUCUGACAAUAGCCAUAAUUCUUGUCAGGAAAGUGCAAAGCGGUAUUCACUAUACUGUGAUAAACACCUUCCAAGCUGGCUUAAGCGUGCACGGAAUGGAAAGAGUAGAAUAAUCUCAAAAGAAGUCUUUGUAGAUCUUCUGAGAAAUUGUUUUUCACUUGAUCAGAAGUUGCGUCUACACCAAGCAUGUGAGCUUUUCUAUAAGCUCUUUAAAAGCAUCUUAUCACGAAGAAACCCAGUUCCUGUGGAGGUUCAGCUUCAAUGGGCACUUUCUGAAGCUUCUAAAGAAUUUGGUGUAGGGGAAAUCUUAAUGAAGUUGGUCAGCGGUGAAAAAGAGAGACUCAGAAGCAUCUGGGACUUCAAUGCUGAUGAAGAUGCACAAAUUCUUUCUUCUCCUGCCGAAGAAUCAGCUAUCAUUCCAAUGGCCACCUUUGAUGGCAAUGACGAUGAGAAGAUCAAAUGCAAAGUUUGCUCCACCGAGUUCUUUGAUGAUCAAGAACUUGGCAUUCAUUGGAUGGACAACCAUAAAAAGGAGGCACAAUGGCUGUUCAGAGGUUAUGCUUGUGCCAUAUGCCUGGAUUCUUUUACUAACAAAAAGAUUUUGGAAUCCCAUGUUCAGGAGAGGCACCAUGUGCAAUUUGUUGAGCAGUGCAUGCUUCUCCAGUGUAUUCCUUGCAGCAGCCAUUUUGGAAAUAGUGAGGAGUUAUGGUCGCAUGUCCUAUCAGCUCAUCUUGUUGAAUUUAGAUUGUCAAAAGUUACUCAACAACAGAAUCUUUCUGCCGCUGAGGAGUCUUCUCUAAAACAUGGGCCAGGAAAUUCAGCUUCUGCCGUCAACAACUCUGAGAAUUUAGGUGGUUUCCGGAAAUUCGUUUGCAAAUUUUGUGGAUUGAAAUUUGAUUUGCUGCCAGACCUUGGCCGCCACCAUCAAGCUGCUCAUAUGGCACCAAAUUCUGUGAGCUCUCGUCCCCAGAAGAAGGGCAUACGUUACUAUGCUUAUAGGUUAAAGUCUGGGAGACUUAGUCGUCCUAGGUUUAAGAAAGGUCUGGGACCUACAUUGCCGUAUAGGGUCAAGAACAGGGCCAAUGCAAACAUAAAACGCAUUCAGACCUCCAAAUCACUUGGCACAGAGGGAAUGAGCAUGCAGUCUACCUCUGGUGCAACUGAAGCAGUGAGUCUUGGCCGAUUGGCUGAAUCUCAAUGCUCAGCAGUUGCAAAAAUAUUGUUCUCUAAUGUUCAGCAAACAAAACCUCGGCCCAAUAACCAUGAUAUUUUAUCUAUUGCUCGAUCUGCUUGCUGCAAGCUAAGCCUUAAAGCAUCAUUGGAGAGUAAAUAUGGUAUACUUCCAGAGCGGUUAUAUCUCAAGGCAGCCAAACUUUGCAGUGAACAAAACAUUCAACUACAGUGGCACCAAGAGGGAUUUGUAUGUCCUAAUAGGUGUAAACAUUUCAAGGAUCCUAGUUUGCUAUCUCACUUGAUACCCCGACCAAAUGGGAUAUUGUGUCAGCAGUCUAAUGAGUUCCAAGCUCCUCUUACCAAUGAGUGGGAAGUUGAUGAGUGCCACAUCAUCAUCAAUUCCAUUCAUUUAAGAGAAAAUCCUUUGGGAGAAACAACUAUUUUGUGUAAUGAUAUAAGCUUUGGGAAGGAAUCGGUUCCAGUAGCUUGUGUAGUAGAUGAAGCUCUCUUGGCUUCCCUGUCCAUCCCUGACGUUUCUAACGGGCAGAAUACUAGAUGCUCAAUGCCUUGGGAGAGCUUCACCUAUAUUACAAAGUCAUUGCUUGAUCAUUCAGAAUUUGUUAAUGAGUGUUUGCAGCUAGGUUGUGCCUGCCCAUAUUCAACAUGCUCUCCUGAAAGUUGUGACCAUGUCUACCUCUUUGAUAAUGAUUAUGAGGAUGCUAAAGACAUGUAUGGUAGACCAAUGCACAGCAGGUUUCCUUAUGACGACAAAGGACGAAUUAUCUUGGAGGAAGGUUACCUUGUAUAUGAAUGCAAUCAGAUGUGCAGCUGCAACAGGACUUGUCAGAAUAGAGUUUUGCAGAAUGGAAUAAGGGUGAAACUAGAAGUAUUCAAAACUGAGCACAAGGGUUGGGCAGUCAGGGCAGGUGAAGCAAUCCUACGUGGCACAUUUGUUUGUGAAUAUGUGGGGGAGGUCCUGGAUGAGCAGGAGGCAAACAAAAGGCAGAGCAGGUAUAAUCAAGGUUGCAGCUAUAUGUGCAACAUUGAUGCUCAUAUCAAUGAUAUGAGCAGAUUUAUUGAAGGACAGGAUCGAUAUGCUAUUGAUGCCACUGCGUAUGGAAAUGUAUCCAGGUUCAUCAAUCAUAGCUGCUCGCCAAAUCUUGUGAAUCACCAAGUUCUCGUCGAGAGUAUGGAUUGUCAGCGUGCUCAUAUUGGUCUUUAUGCUAGUAGAGAUAUUGCUAUUGGUGAAGAAUUGACAUGGAACUAUCAGUAUGAUUUGCUGCCUGGUGUAGGAUAUCCAUGCCUCUGUGGAACUGCCAAGUGUCGAGGCCGCCUAUGCUAAAAUAUUUAACAGCACUUGUGAUGUUUCUUCUGAAAUGGUUUCCAGGCUAUGAAUUCAAAGAAGGAAUAACAAGAGGCUGUGAAACAUAACUAGGAAGUUGAUCUCUACUGAUUUGCCUCCGCAUUAUUCGGGGAAGUCAAUAUUGGCAAUGAUCCGAUCAUGCGUGUUUGUAGCAGAUGAUGUUUCUUGUUCAUAAUUGCUGUUUUGAGGAUGGAAGAUGGAACCUGGUUCUUUAAUUGACAAUUUGUUUGCCAAAUUUACCCCAGUAUUUUCAUUACUGAAAGGGGAUUAUGCUAAAAUUUUUAGGGUUUGUUUUGUAGACGGUCUUGUGCUGCAUGAGUAGAACUGAUGCUUAGAAUAAAUUUUCAGGUACUGCUGUUCAGAAGUUUUUUGCAAUUAUUGGUUUGUUUAAGUUGCAUUUCUUCUUUUGCAA